GUUUGGUUCAAGAAUAGACGUGCCAAAUGGAGGAAGCGAGAAAGAAACAUGGAAACUUUCAAGACUGGAUUUGGUCCACAGUUUAAUGGGCUUAUGCAGCCUCCUUUCGAUGAUGGGCUUUACACUGGAUAUCCUUAUCAGAACUGGGCCACAAAAGUCCCUUCGCCUUUGAGCUCCAAGACCUUCCCUUGGGGCAUCAACAUGAACAGCCCAGUGAAUCCCCACCUUUCGUCCGUGGUCUCCACUCAGUCUCUAGGUGGGUUCUCAUCGUCACCGGGUCCGAUCAGCAGCAUCAACUCCAGCAUGAUGGGAUCUGGAGGUGUUCCAGGAUCUAUGAACUCUCCCGGAGCCGCCUGCCCAUAUGGACCUCCAGCCCCGCCCUAUAUUUACAACCGCGACCAGUGUUCUAACAGCAUUGCAGCGCUUCGGCUCAAAGCUAAGGCUCACUCGUCACCAUUUUACCCCUCGAUGCCGCCUCGACAGCCAACACUCUCCGCUUGCCAAUACGCCACUGUGGGCAACAGUGCUGCCGUCUGA